GAUAUAGAAUUAUAGAUCAGAGAUGGCACCACCUUAACUCUUGCAAAUUGACUUUUGUGUCAUAUAGAAGUUGACAUUUAUAAUUUUGCAGUCAUGCUUUUUUCCUAUUAUUGUAAAGUCGCAUUAAGUAUCUAUGUAGCAGUCUAGUUUAAUUCAUUGUAAUGGGUGUCUUGUAUUUAUGUGUACUAUUAUUUGGGAAUUUUAUUUAUAUUUCGAAUGGAGCUGCAACUGACAUUGAACUUGAUGCAAAAGCCCAAAAUACACAUAGAUUAGAUAGUUUAAAUUUAUUGUCAUACACGCUACUUUUGAUUUUAACAGUCCUGACGAUAUGGCUGUUUAAACACAGGCGAGUAAGUUUCUUGCACGAGACCGGACUUGCAGUUAUUUACGGCUUAAUUGUGGGAGCAAUUAUUCGAUAUGCAGGUAGUACAGCGGGAUUGUCCAACAUGAAUGUGUUCCCUAACGAUGAUAAAUACAAUGCCAGUUCGCCCCCAGACACAUUAACUCUCCACUUUCCCGUCAAUGGGCCUUUUAAUAUCACUACUAACAAGACCUAUCAGUACACUUUUCGUAGUGCCAUCGAUAUACAGGAUAAUGAAAUUGAGUUAAAAGCUACAUUCGAUCCAGAAAUAUUUUUUAAUAUAAUUUUACCACCCAUUAUUUUUCAUGCUGGAUAUAGCCUGAAAAGAAAAUAUUUUUUUCGCAAUUUGGGUGCUAUACUAACAUAUGCAAUAAUAGGAACUACUAUAUCUUCUUUUGUGGUUGGGGCAUUGAUGUAUGGUUGUGUACAAUUAAUGCCACCACGUAUGGCGAAUAGUUUUACAUUUCUAGACACACUUUACUUCGGUGCUCUCAUUUCUUCGACCGAUCCGUUAACGAUUCUCGCUAUAUUCCACGAUUUACAUGUAGAUGUCAAUUUAUACGCUCUUGUUUUUGGUGAAAGCGUCUUAAAUGACGCCGUCGCUAUUGUACUUAGUGGUUCCAUUCAAAAUUAUGGAGAACGCUACCAGUCUGGUACAGGUGGUUUCGAAACGAAAGCCUUUUUCCAAGCCCUCGGAGAUUUCUUUUACAUAUUCAUUCUUUCUCUUCUUAUUGGCGCACUAAUGGGUUGCGUGACAGCAUUGAUGACAAAGUUUACAAGAGUUCGUGAUUUCCCCUUACUAGAAUCUGCAUUGUUCGUCUUAAUGUCAUAUAGUACGUUUCUUAUCGCUGAAGCCGCCAAUCUGACAGGGAUUGUCGCCGUUUUGUUUUGCGGCAUUUGCCAAGCUCAUUAUACCUACAAUAACUUAUCGGACGAUUCGAGAAUGAGAACCAAGCAAAUGUUUGAACUGCUCAAUUUUUUGGCGGAAAAUUUCAUAUUUUCCUACAUAGGAGUCUCCAUGUUUACAUUUCCCAAACAUCAUUUUGAUCCAUUGUUUAUAUUAGCAGGCUUUACCUGUGCUGCUAUAGGUAGAGCGACGAAUAUUUAUCCGCUUUCAUUUUUACUCAAUUUAGGUAGGAAACCGAAAAUUCCCGGUAAUUUUCAGCACAUGCUUUUUUUCGCGGGUUUAAGGGGUGCAAUGUCCUUCGCAUUGGCUAUACGUAAUACCGUUUCUGAAGCACGUCAAGCGAUGCUCACAACUACAUCUCUUAUUGUUAUUAUUACUGUAAUUAUACAAGGUGGAGCCGCCAUGAAUUUGCUUCGUUGGUUUCAAAUACCGAUUGGCAUGGAAGAGGAGACUGAACCUCUUUCGAACCAAGGAUCAAGAAGUGGCAACACCACACCGAGGUGUGAGUGGGCUGAUUCUACAGGACAAGAAAUGCCGAAGCCUAACGAAAAGGCUUUCCUUGCUAGAGCAUGGGGAUCUUUUGAUACUCAUUAUAUGAAGCCGUUAUUAACUCAUUCGCGACCGACGUUAUUGGAAACUUUACCAGUUUGCUGUAACCCGAUCGCACGCUUACUAACUACAACCGAGCAGAUGACACAAUUUUAUACAAUGCAGGAUGGUCAAAAUCGUAUCACUAGGGAUUCAGAUUCGGAUCUAUGCAUUGAAGAGAGCGACUAUUUACAUAACGACGCGAGGCAUUCUAACAUGCACAGGCCGGUCCAUGCCAUAAGUGGAAAUCAAGUGUAAACAACUAAGUAUUUUCGUUGGGAGUUUUAACGUUUCUCUUUAUAGAAUUGUUGAUUUUUUUUUAAUAUCAAGGUAGGUUUAAGUAAAUGAAUUGUUAGGGCCAUUUUCUGUGUGAUUUCGCAAACAUACUUUAUGUUUCUUUGUAUUGUGCCACUUUAUUGAACGUUACAAUGUUAUUAAAUGACUGUGUGUGAACCUGGAUUGGAUUGGAAGUCUGAUGUUUCCCGGACAGGUACAGGUACAGCGCAUCAAUAUAGAAUGUGUUCCCAAAAUACUUCGUUUUAGUAGUCUUCCUGCUUCAGUAAGUCUUGUUGGGUAUAAUUUUUGCUGGUGACAUGCGCUACAUCAGAUUUCAUGUUUAAAAAAAAUCUAUACGACUUGUAAACACAGUACUGGUAAAUAAAAUAUUUCUGUUCCUUUUUUUAUGUCAAUCACAACAUUGGAUUUGAGUUGAAUAGAAACAUUAGUUAAUGCUCACUUUUCUGCCUAAGACACAGUGUAUCUAAUAUUUUUUCGAUUAUUUCAUUACCGUACAGUUCAUUGGAGUGAACAAUAAUUGAAACAUAAGGUUAACGUAAGUAUCUGCACAGUCAGUAACAAAUUUUGAAAAACCCUGUGAAAUUAAUUUAAGUUAAAAUAAGCUUUUGUGACUUGAAGAAUAAGUUCGGAUUGGAGAAUGUCAAUGAAAGCAACUUUUUGUGCAAUUUUGAUUCAGCCUUCGAUUUUUAAAGGUGUAAUAUUAUAAGAGCUAAGAUGAGGAGUAGUGAGAGGAAUCAUCCUAGGUGAAAAUCUGCAAGUGCAAAAUAAUCAGAUCUUUAAAUUAUUGCAAAUGUCGCCAUCUGUACUUAAAGAUACUGUUUCUGGAGUCAGAUUCAGGCUAGCGUAAAAUUUGUUUUCAUGUUGUAGUGAUGUUUCUCGUAAAGUGCUUUUUUUUACUGUUCUCAUUGAUCUAAAGCUACUAAUCCUAGCAGAAUUUGGCAUGCAGCUUGGUUUUCUCAUUUUACAUGUCCCAUUUGUGAUAAUUCUAUACUAAUUUUUCACUUGCUUUUAUAAUUUGCGUUGACAGCAUUUAUGCUGCCCCAAACAAGAUAUUUUAAUUUGUAAUCGAGUGGUUCAAGAGUUACGACGAUGAUUGGCAGUACAUACUAACAUAUCAAAAUUCACCUAUGAUUUAAGUACUGCAAUCCAAUGUAAACAACUCUGGAAUCUUUUGACUGUGAUAUUUAUGUGGCAAAAUAAAGUAAAUGGUCAAACAA